ACCCAUUUCACCAAAGACCAUAGGAGGGAGACAGACAGAGAAGUGGAUGGUCCAGGACCUGGAUGCAACGCUUUCCAAAGCAAGAGAAGGAUUUUGAGUUUGGGAUAAAUCUACAACGAACCUUGGAGAAAGUGAGGUGGAAUAUCUGGCUGUUUCAUUGAAGUUGGGCAGAAAAAAGAGGGAGCAUUACUGGGAGGCCUGGAGGACUGGCCUCCCACGUCUACUGGUCCACUUCAGGGAGAGGGUGGAUUUACCAGGACUAGGCCCGGUGAAGGGGAGAGAGAAGAGGAGGAACUGUGGUUCAGAGGGUCCAGAUGGCAGCCAUGAGGGGCCUGGCAUUCGUUGAAGUCUGGCUCUAGAGUCUGCAAGAGCUCCCGCUUCAACUGGACACAUUCCACAGGACGUGUGCCCAUGAGGUCGUCACCACUGGUCCUGCUCUUCCUGAUCGGCGUCCAGGCUGUACUGAACAUGGGUGGUGGGUUGGCCCGAAGUGCUGGGGCGGCCAAUCGCAGAGCAGGACAGCAGGAGACAACAGCCAGGGACCACCUUUCUCAGGACCACACUUUGCAGCAGCAUCAUAGGACCACCCACCACAGGACCAAGAGGCCUCAUCGAGCAGCUUCAAACACACAGAACAGGAGUCCAGUUGUUGGGCGUUCCGCUGCGGGUUCCUCAUUCGACCUUUCAAGUCCAGUGGUAGACCCCAAGCUCUUCUCUAAGAGACGAUACCGUCCCUCGCCCCGUGUUGUCUUCAGUGAGGUGCCCCCAUCCCACGAUGCCCUGGAAGGAGAGGGCUAUGACAUUGAAGGAGUCAAGGAGGUGAGGGUGCGGCGCAGAGCAGGAUCACACAUCAUGCACAGAGGGGAGUACUCAGUGUGUGACAGCAUAAACACCUGGGUGGGAAACCUGACACGAGCCACAGACAUAGCUGGGAAUGAAGUGACCGUGCUCCCCAACGUUACAAUCAACAACGUGGUCAAGAAACAGUUCUUCUAUGAGACCACCUGUCGAUCCCCCACACACAGGGGCACUGGGGCUGCGAAUGGGAGCCGGCCUGGAGGACGGGGCGGAAAACAAGGCUCAAAAUCCAGCACCUCAGGUUGCCUUGGCAUUGACAGUCGCCACUGGAACUCCUACUGCACCAACACACACAUAUUUGUAAGUGCCCUGACCAUCUUCAAGGAACGGACAGCCUGGCGUUUUAUCCGAAUCAAUGCCGCGUGUGUGUGUGUUCUCAGUCGGAAGUCUUGGGGAGGAAGACUGGCACACUGACUGAGGAUGACUCCCAACCACUGGACUAUGAAAGCACUCAAACACACAUAGACACUUCUACUAAACAGCCACUGCAGCUUUCUUGCCAAUACUGUAACUUUCCUCCACCUCCAAAUCAUACACUCCCACUGAUCGCAGCAUUCAAUCAACACACACAUUAACAUACAUACACACACCCUUUUAUUCAAUUCCCCUUCCCCCUGACCCUACCUCAGUCACAAAAGUCCUGGUUGUUUUAAGUUAUGAGGACUGCAUGUCAUAUUUAUGGUCUAUACAGUCAAUAUGAAAGUAUAUACAGUACGUGUACAUAUACAAAAUGAAUUUCAAGCUUUUAAUGUUGAUGUCAUUGUUGUGUUGUUGUUAUUUAUUAAACACCUCAUUAUUUGC